AAAACUAAAAAAAUAUCAAGGCAAAUGCAGAAAGAAAACGAAGAUCCUAUUUCUCUGGAACUCUGUGAAUUUUGUGGAAAGUUGAAUCGGAAGGGACAUCUUUUAAAACAUCAGAAAUCUAAAGGAUGUUUAACGAAAGUGAAGUCUGCAGCAGAAUUAGGAAAUAGAUCAAUAUUGGAGUAUUUUAAGAAAAAAAAAUCCCCAAAGAAGAUCAAGCUUUCCUUCAAUGAGGAUAUUCAACAAUCAGUAUUCGAGGACCAUUUCACAAGACUAACAGGUAGACAAAGAACUCACAUCUUGACUGAACAUGACUUGCUGAAGUUCAACAAGGUUGUAGGAAGCGACAUCGAGAUUUUUGGUAAAGCCUUGAAGCUGAAACAAACAGAUAUAGAUGCCUCUAGGGUUGAGAAUUCAAACUCCUUUACAACACUAAUCCAUAAGAUAAUCUUAAAGUGGAAAAAUACUAAUGCUAGGAAUGCAACCUUAGGAUUAUUUACAAAAGGUUUACAAGAUGCGGAAGCUGCAGGUGCCUCAAUAGACUGGGAUAUUUUCAUUGAAGGCGUAAAGGAUGUUAUUUCGUAAACCAGAUGCUUUGAAUUUUUAAACUGACAAGUCAUUUUUCGUUCUUCGAUCUGUUUAUGCUUUUUUGAACGCCAUAAUAUUUCUACAACUCGACGGAAAGAAAAACAUGGCUUUUCUGUUUUUGGGAACAGAUUACGUACGUAAGGUUUAAAAUUGCAAAAUAAAAAAAAUUGUAGAUUCGGAAAUCCAUACUUACUUACUCAAAUGCGCCAAGGUCUCGUGAAGGUGUUGUCAAUGAUAAAGAAUACGGCAUUUUUGGAAAAUGUUUAUAUUUGUUUGUAUAAAUUGUGCACGAGUACAUGUAUAAUUAUCUUCAUUAUUUUAUAUUUGAGAUUCAUUUUAAAUUUCCGUUGUUCUGAAAAUAUAAUUGAAGUUUUUUGUUUUGUUUUUGUUUUUGUUUUUGGUUUUUUUUUUUUUUGAGAAAUCUGUUAACAGUGGAGAAAUUCACAUAAUAUUAAUUAAUAUUUUGAAAGAAUUAAGAAUCAAAGAAUUUCUGUCACAUUAAUCGAUUUAAAUGCUAAUGGAACAAAUUUGCUAUUAUAAUAACGAAUUCAUCAAAGAAAAUCAACGAAAUUCAAAUGAAUUCAACAAUUAUAUUCUUUAUAGCAGAUUACGAUAAUUCGUUAAAUCAAAUUUGAAAUACUUUAAAUUGUUAACAUAAUUAUUCUAGAUUUAAAAAAAAAACUAUGAUAUAACUGUGGAGCUUAAAUGUUUUAAAGCCAAAUAUUAUUAGUUAUUUCACUUGAUCUUUUAAAUGUUCCCUCUGUCUGGUAUUUUGUUUUUGUUCUCGUUUCAGUUAUCCAUUAUGAUAGUAUUAUUGUUGUUGUAAUAUUUUUAAGGUAUCGAAAUGCUGACAAUUGAUGACAGCUAUUUAUAACGCUACAAUAAUAAUAAUGCAUAAAAUAUUUCAAAAUUGUUUCUUUGUAUUUCAUUUUAAUUCUUCGAAUAUGAGACUAAUAUAUUGUAUCAAUAUCAUUUACGUAAAGAAAAUUGAAUUGUAAUCUUUGAGUUUUGGUGGGGGUUUUUUUUACAGUGCUCUUAUUUGUAAAUAAUUGUAUUUUUUAUUCAAUCCAGUUGGAUUCUUAUUGAAGUUGAAAAUAAAAUAAUUAUAUAUUGAAUGCAUGUAAAUUUGCUUAUAAAGGUUGUUUAUUUUGAAAAUUGUUGUAUAUAUUACUCAUUUUUUCUGGAGAACUAAGCAUUUUUAGAUUCCAAUAUGUGCAUACUUCUUUUCAUUUAUGUAAGAAUACAUUGUAUAUACAUGUACUCAUCUACUCAUUAAAUAAUGAC